GGUUUGUUUUCUUAACAUUAGCCUUGUCAUAAGCAAUACAACCAUGGCAAGGAUCUCUCUGUUGUUCUUUUUAGCCUUUGUUCUAGCCCUUGGCUCCUUGUCCUUUUCCGUUUCCGGUCAUGCCCUCCCGUUGUCACCGAGAAAACAGCCAUGUCCAAAAACUGUGUCUGAACUCCAGACCUUACCUUUUACCCAAAUCACUGAGAUCCUAAACCGCAAAGCACGGUCUGCCCCGAAAACCGCUGAGUUCAAGGCCAUGUUCACAAUGUGCAAAGGCUACGUGGCUUACCUUGAGAGCCUCUACAAGUUUGAGAAUCCCAUUGUAGAUGUUUUAGGAAUUGCUAAGACCAGAUACGCCCUAAUGACCAAAGCGAUUCUUGCUGCACAAGCUAGCGUUAGCGGUAAAGUCAACAAGAAAACUUCCUUGAAGCUAAAGAAAAGCUACGCUGAUUUCACAAAAGGGUUCUUUCAGAUUAAAGAAACGAUUGUAGAUAUAUCAGCCAAACAUGAAUUCAAAGCCGAGGCAAAGAUCACCGCUCAAGAAUCGAAAAAGCUCAACAAAGCUAUGAUAAACUUCAAGAAUUCGAUCAACACUUUCAUGAACGUGGUCUGCGAUCUUGAGAAGAGCAAGACCAAGAAACUAGGUCAUUACGCAAGAGCGCUCAAAGAAGAAGAACACGAUGGUAGAGUAAGCAGUGUUUUCAAAAGUUUUUUCAAACAGUUUGGUGAUUAUCUCGGAGGUAAAAGUACUCAUGGAAGAGAGCUAACUGAAGCUGAGUACAAGACCAAUUCUUACGUUGGUGCUGACGUUAAAGGAUUUGAAUCCAUUUACGAGAAAGUAUCUAACUUCUUUAAUGGUUUUCUUGGAGGUGAUCAAACUCACAGAAGAGAACUCUUUGACAUACCCGCCGAUGCUCCUGCUAUGUCCAAAGAGGAACUAGCUAUUAUUGACGAUUAUUUGGGCCGAAUAAAAAACAGCAACGGGAAAGGACCAUACAACAGUGUAGAUCGGUUAGAUGGUGUAGCCGAAGGGUCAUCACUUGCAGACUUUAUUAAACUUGGACUUACAGGUCAAGGUCAGUAUGAUGCAGCCGGGAAGGCUAAAGCUGGCGGAGGAGACGGAUUCAGGUCACUGAGCCCGGCACAUUAUAGAGGUUUUAUUCCGAGUACAGAGGCUUAAUCUUUAAUGCAUAUUUCACAACAACAGAAGAAGGAAACAACCAUGAGUUCAUCUUUAUUAAAAAUUAUGUUUUUU